CGUCCAGUUGGUAUCAGUCGUGCUCGGAAAACGCACGGGGCUGCGUAUAUCUGCAUUAAUUAAAAGGUGUAUUGUUCAACAAUUAUUAUUAUUGUCAAUGGGAAAUUAUAAUCGGCAAUGUAAAGGAUGAACAAUUUUACAUUAUCAAUGGAAUUUUUUUUAUUAUUCAUAUUGGUUUAUCACAAAGGCAAAGGAGAGACUAUUUCCUUAUGCCCGAUAGAAUUUUAUCACGAGCAAUUUUCUGAUCAUAAGGUGGAGCAUGAGAACGACGAACCCGCUACCGGACUAACGAUACGAGACAUAUUACCAGAAGACCCAAGUAAAUAUGACAAAAUGAGGCCACCAAAAAAAGACGGAAACCCCACAAAAGUAUUUUUUCAUGUCACCGUUAUGGGUUUAGACAGCAUUGACGAAAACUCUAUGACCUAUGCUGCCGAUAUCUUCUUCGCGCAAACCUGGAAAGACCAUCGGCUGAGGCUUCCGGAAAAUAUGACGGCCGAAUACCGAUUGCUCGAAGUCGAUUGGUUGAAAAACAUGUGGAGACCGGACUCGUUUUUUAAGAAUGCGAAAAGUGUUACUUUUCAAACUAUGACCAUACCCAACCAUUACAUGUGGCUGUAUAAGGACAAAACCAUAUUGUAUAUGGUCAAGUUAACAUUGAGACUAUCAUGCGCAAUGAACUUUAUGAUAUACCCGCACGAUACUCAAGAGUGUAAACUUCAAAUGGAAAGCUUAUCCCAUACAACAGACGAUAUGGUUUUUCAAUGGGAUCCAGAUGUACCAUUGGUAGUGGACGAAAACAUCGAGCUGCCUCAGUUAGCUUUAGUUAAAAACCAUACAGCUGAUUGUACUCAAGUGUACUCAACUGGUAACUUCACUUGCUUGGAAGUCGUUUUCCAACUGAAAAGACGCUUGGGCUACUAUCUAUUUCAUACAUAUAUACCGACAUGUUUGAUAGUAAUUAUGUCUUGGGUCUCUUUUUGGAUUAAACCUGAAGCAGCUCCUGCUCGCGUAACUUUAGGAGUUACUUCCCUGCUGACAUUAUCGACUCAACAUGCUAAAAGUCAAGCUGCUUUACCUCCAGUUUCAUAUUUGAAAGCCGUCGAUGCUUUUAUGUCUGCAUGUACAAUAUUCGUCUUUAUGGCUUUAAUGGAAUAUUGCCUAGUAAAUAUAGUGCUCGGAGAUUCCGACUUGCCGAAACCGCCUCCGGAAAAACGAAAAUCAACGUCAAUAUUUGAUAUGCCGCCGGCUCCGCCUCAAAAAGCCGAAAAUACGAUAUUGUUGCCUUCGAUUCCCACAGCGCCCACGGCACCCAUCAUAACGCUGGCUCAGAAGCAAAGAAAUCGAGCUCUGAAUAUUGAUAGGUUUUCCAGGGCAUUUUUUCCGUUUAUUUUCACCGUUUUAAAUUGUACUUAUUGGAUUGUUUUUGCUGAAUAUAUUUAAUUAUUAGACUAGAAGAAAACAUAAGAAAUGCUGCAGUUAUUAUAAUUUAUUGUCAAUUGAUUCAAAUAUUAAGAAAUUGAGCUUUUAGAUUUUUUUUUGUUUUUGAAUUGUACUUAUUGAACUAUUUUUGCUAAUAUAUUUUAUUUAGAGUAUAGAGAAACCUCAAAAAGAUAAUUAAGUCUAUUGAAAACGAAGAGAUCAUUGUUGUUGAAAACUUCCAAAUUUUGCUACAAUAAUAAAAACUUUGAAAAAUUAGUGGGAUAUCUAGGAAAAAAAUCUUGAUUAAUAUUAAAGCUUGUUAUGAAUAGAGAAUUAAUUCGAAAAUAAAUUAAAGUGAUCAGCUA